AUGGGCUGGUUCUCGUCUUCUUCGUCGUCCGACUCAGUCUCGAUCAGCGGCGCCGCCCCCGACCGGUCGCAGCGGAGCCAGUGCUGGGAGUCUCGGGACGCCUACUUCGCCUGCCUCGACAAGAACGGUGUGCAGGUUCCGGGCCAGGAAGGCGAGGCGUGUAAGAAGGAGAACAACGAGUACAAGGGCAAGUGCGCAGGAAGCUGGGUCGACUACUUCAACAAGCGACGAGUGCUGCAACUACGCCAAGAUCUGAUGGAGCGACGAGCAGCGGAGCAGGUGGCGUCGGCGUCGAAGUGA